AUGGACCUCCCGGACCCCAAGAGGAAAGCGCCGCGGGCCAGACAAGACCGGGUCAUCUUGCACUUUGACCUCGAUUGUUUCUACGCUCAGUGUGUCGAGAACAAGCAGCCUUCGCUCAAGACGUUGCCGCUUGGCAUCAAGCAAAAGGGCAUCAUCGCGACAUGCAACUACGUAGCCCGGCGCCAUGGCGUCAAGAAGCUGACGACCAUUGCCGAAGCUAAGAAAGCCUGCCCGGACCUGGUUAUUGUUGAGGGCGAGGACUUGUCCCCCUUCCGCGAUGUCUCCAAGCGGCUGUACUCACUACUCCGAUCUUACUCGUGGAACGCCAAAAUUGAGCGUCUCGGGCUUGACGAGGUGUUUCUUGAUGUUAGUGAUGUUGUUUCAUACAACAUCGAGCUCCUCAACAAAAACGCACUGCACCAGUCCUAUUUUUGUCUCUCACCGUCCGAUCCCGAGGCCGGCUUCGCAUUUGACGCCACGUCGUUUGCCGGCUGCGUCCACGGUAGAGAUAACGGGCCUUCUGAUGACAGUGUUCUGCGUAUGCGGCUGUUGCUUGGCUCUCACCUCGCUCAGUACUUGAGGUUCAAGAUUGAAGAGGAGGGCUACACGAGCUCCUGCGGGAUAUCUACCAGCAAGUUGCUGGCCAAACUGGCCGGGGACAAGAACAAACCACGUAAUCAGACCACCCUCCUUGCACUCGGGCAAGAAGAGAUUUUAUCCUUCAUGGACGGCCACAAGCUUCGGAAGGUGCCCGGAAUAGGCUCUAAGAUUACCCGAGUCCUCGAGGGAUUCGUGCUUGGCAAAGAAAUGGACCUUGACAUGCACUCAAUGGAAUGCUUCACUACAGUCGGCCAGGUGCGUACACACCCUGGCAUCUCGCCUCCAGCACUUGAAAAGCUUCUGUCCGGCCCAGGCUCCGAGAGGGGCCUUGGAAACAAGGUUUGGGCCCUUCUCCAUGGCGUCGACGAUACAGAAGUGAAACCGGCCCGUGAUGUCCCAACACAGAUAAGCAUCGAAGACACUUACAAGGGACUCAACGAACCGCAAGAAAUCAUGCGCGAGCUUCUAACACUUACCGCCUCCCUUCUCCGUCGCAUGCACAUUGACCUUUUGGAAGAUGAUGACACACCUGGAGACGCCGUCGGCGGUACACACUCUACACUGGCGCGCAAGAGGUGGCUGGCGUACCCCAAGACCAUCCGCCUCACCACACGGCCCUAUACGUCGCCAACUGACAACAAACCGUAUAAUUGGGCCCGCGUUUCCCGCAGCUGCGCCCUACCUGGCUUUGUCCUUAACAGCACCAACAAUCCGAGCUCAUCAUCCGCAGAGCAAAUAGUUAACCGUCUAGUCACUGAAACCUUGCUGCCCCUGUUCCACAAGCUAAAUGCGGAGAAGCAGCGCGGAUGGAAUAUUGGCCUGAUAAAUGUCUGCGUGACCAACAUGACGGGCACGGAUGGCGGCGUGGCAAGUGGGAGGGACAUUGCCACCAUGUUCCGGCGCCAGGAGGACAUUCUGCGCGACUUCAGAGUUCAUAACGAGGACAUGAAAGGCGAGCAUAGCCCCGGGCGAGGCCAAGACAACGAUGACGAAGAGAGCCAGGACUCCGACACGUGGGAUCAUCACGACGCCCACGACUUGGAUGAGGACUUGGACAGGGACCGAUGUUCCCUAUGUGGGCAUUUCAUUCCGCGCUUUGCCAUGUUGGCUCAUGAGCGAUAUCACCGCAUGGAUGCGGACCGUGAGGUUCAGAAGGGCUGGGCUACCGGUCCAUUCCAGUACCGAUAG